CUCAGGAAAUGGCUUCAAAUGUGAUUGGACAAACCGCGUCAUGUGACCAUCCUCCAACUGGAGUUUCCACGACAGCUGGGAGCCGUGCGAUACCUCCUCGCGUAUUGCUUUCAUAAAGAAUACGUAGGGACUGUCCUUAUUUCAACAUCCGCAAACAAACUUUUGGCGGCAUGGGAGACAAGAAGAGUCCAACCAGGCCGAAGCGUCAACCAAAGCCUUCGGCGGAAGAGGGAAAUUGGGACUGUAGCGUUUGCACAUACAAGAACACCGCGGAGGCUUUCAAGUGCAUGAUGUGCGAUGUAAGGAAAGGGACGUCAACACGGAAGCCUCGUCCUGUCUCCCAGCUGGUUGCUCAGCGGGUAGCGCCGCAGUUUGCCUCGCCCACGCUGCUGCCCAAGAAGGACAAGAAGGACAGAACGGACCAGGAGAAGAAUGACAAAGAGCCCACAGUGAAGAAGAACAGCCACAAGAAGAUGAGGCCCAGGUUAAAAAACAUUGACAGGAGCAGCGCUCAGCACCUAGAGGUCACGGUUGGAGACCUGACUGUCAUCAUCACAGACUUUAAGGAGAAAACCAAACCUCCCCCCUCCUCCACCACCACCACCACCACCACCACCACACCCCCCACCUCUACCACCCCCUCCAGCACUGUGUCUGUGUCUGCAGAACACCACAGUGGCUCCAGCUCAGACAACAACACUGAGAGAGGGGUCUCACGGUCAUCUUCACCCCGAGGAGAGGGCUUCUUAGUCGGGACAGAGUCCCACUAGACCACCACAAUUGGAACCCAAGACCCCCCCCCCCCCAAGUUGGAGGCCCUGGACCACCAAACUCCUAGCCCAACAGACCCUCAGACCUCCAACCCCUAGACCUUGGCCUGGACAUCCAACCCCUAGACCUUGCCCUGGAUCCCCAACCCCUAGACCUUGGCCUGGAUCCCCAACCCCUAGACCUUGGCCUGGAUCCCCGACCCCUAGACUUUUGCCUGGACACCCGACCCCUAGACCUUGGCUUGGAUCCCCAACCCCUAGACCUUGGCCUGGACCCCCGACCCCUAGACCUUGGCCUGGACCCCCGACCCCUAGACCUUGGCCUGGACCCCCGACCCCUAGACAUUGGCCUGGACCCCCGACCCCUAGACCUUGGCCUGGUACCCCGACCCCUAGACCUUGGCCUGGUACCCCGACCCCUAGACCUUGGCCUGGACCCCGACCCCUAGACCUUGGCCUGGAUCACUGACCCCUAGACCUUGGCCUGGAUCCUCGACCCCUAGACCUUGGCCUGGAUCCCGAACCCCUAGACCUUGGCCUGGAUCCCCAACCCCUAGACCUUGGCCUGGACCCCCAACCCCUAGACCUUGCCCUGGAUCCCCAACCCCUAGACCUUGGCCUGGACCCCCGACCCCUAGACCUUGGGUAUGACUACUCAUGGCUUAACAUAGGCCACUCUAACCUCACUCCUCUGUCCUCAACUCUGAUAUGUAAUGUUAUCUCUGGACUUGCACAUUUACUGUAGUACUAGCUACAGGUUACAGCUAGAUCAACACAUUUAGCAGCUACAGGUUAUAGCUAGAUCAACACAUUUAGCAGCUACAGUUUACAGCUAGAUCAACACAUUUAGCAGCUACAGGUUACAGCUAGAUCAACACAUUUAGCAGCUACAGUUUACAGCUAGAUCAACACAUUUAGCAGCUACAGGUUAUAGCUAGCACUACUACUAGCAACCUUGAGUUGUGGUUUGCUUUUGGACAAAAAAAACACCACAAUCUGAAGUCUUGUUUUAAUGAAAUUUCUCUGAUUAACUUUAGGUCAAUUUAACUGACUUUUAAAAACUAUUUUUUGAAACCUGUGUUCUAAACAUGAAGUAAUGUCAUUACAUUUAGCUGAUCUUAGCCUAUUGUACAGCUCUGUUUUUUAAUGUGUUAUAACAUCACGUCAGUGUUAGUAUCCAUGUCAACAUCGGAACUUUCAACCUCCUGUCCAAUGAGAACUGUCGUGACAUGAUGAUUAUGGUUCAGAGUUCUUCAGUUUGUGUUGCAUUAUGGGAGAAAACAUGAGGUACAUGUGGAGAGGAUGGAAAACCUAUAGGCUCUCUUUUGGUACUUGUCUCUCAGUUGUAAAGUGUCAUUUAUUGAUUGAAUGUGUUGGAGACUGAAUUGUAUUGUCAUUGACUCACAUCAGCCGGGACCUGGUGUGGUUUUAUCAUUCAUGAGAAAAUAUUCUUCAAAAACAACGUCUGUUUUUGAAUUGUGUCCUUUUUAACACCACCUCAAAUGAUUGAUCAUACUGUAUCACAACAUUCACUGUUACAUUUUCUAUCAUUUGUUUUGUUUCUACCAAGCAUUUAUGUUUAGAAAUGUAUGGACAACUUGGUUGGUUACAUGGUUCAAUGUCUAUAAAGAAAGAUAUAAAUA